AGCAGAGACCGAGAGAGGAAAUAAGACAAAUCAAAGACUAAGUGCGGCUCAGCUGAGGACUUUGCAAAUGCUCAUCCAGCUGGCUUAAGGUUGUCCUCACUCACUCAGCUGUGAACGAGUGUCUGGGCAGAAUGGAUUUCAUUUUGGUCCAUCAGCCAACGAGCAAGAGCAGCAGCUCUGUAGAUUAUUAUCACUCGGUUUGGAUUAUUUCAGAAAGCGCUGCUGUUGUGAUGAAUGGGGCUGACAGCUUGCAGAAAGAAAGAUGAACCUCAACUCUUUGGAGGGCUCGAUCCAGAACCUGCUGUCGGUGCUGUACCCGCCCUUUGAGGCCACCGCCCCCACUCUUCUCAGCCAGCUCUUCCAAAUAAUUGAUAGCCGUUAUCAGGGAGAUGCCCUGCGGUGCCUGCUGGACUUUUUGGUCCCAGCCAAGCACAUUUUAGACACUGUGCAGCAGGCUGCAUGUGCACAGUACUCUAAUGUACUUUUCCUGUGCGAGGGCUGGCCUCUGUGUUUGCGUGACCAAGUCGUCAUCCACCUCGCUCCUAUCAACCCUCUGCUACUUCAACCGGGUGACUUUUACCUCCAGGUGGCACCAUUCUGCGACCAAUCAGCUCGCAUCGUGGUCUGCAGCCUACUAGAUGAAGAGGAGCUGAGAGUGGAGGUAGUCGAGGAGACCCCAAUCCCUGAAAUUUCCUAUCCGUGCAUAUUCACCUGUGACUGGUUAGAGGAGCUCAACCAGGGCCGCCAUGGAACGCCUCUCAGCCAAUGCCUGCUGGCCACUGAGCAGGGUGUUGUGAGGUUACCAUGGGAACGGGUGGCUGUGCCUGAUUUUGUGGACUUCCCAACGCGUGCCAGGAGUAGCAUGGCCUCUGCUCCUCCUUCAUAUCCUCCAUUACCAUCUCCACUUCCUCAUCCUCCACCUCUUCCUCAUUUUCCUGAGAACUCUUCAUCAAAUCGUUCAUUUCCUCUUUCUUCCUCUAAAGAAUCUGCACCAAAACAGUAUCCUGCUACCAUUAAAAAUUCAAUUUUAACAUCACCUUCACAUCCCUCUGCCUUCUCUGUGGAGACCAGAAUAUGUCCAGCAAAACACGGCAUUGCUGUGUCACUCUGCUUGGUGGAUACUCGGGCUGCUUCUUCUUCUAGGAUAGUCAAAGUGAAAGAGACUGAAACUGAGCCUAAGCCUGUUGGCUGGGUGGCCCCUAAUACAUGGGACAACUCCUUUCCUGGGACAGAUACAACUACAAAGACAAGCACUGUUUCAGGUACAUGCACUGCUGCAGGUAUAAAUCUGUGUAAAGGUGAAGAUAAGGGUGUAGGUAUUUCUGAAAAUUUAGGACAAGACAAACAUAAAGAUACAAAAAUUAAAGAUAUAAGCAGGGGUGGACCAGCAGACCACGUUGUUGCAGAAGGGGAAUAUAUUGAUGUCCUGCAGGCAACCAUGCUUUUUGGUAAAGCUCAGUCAGUAACUGAGGAACAACAGAAAUUAGAAAUGCAAAUGCAACCACACACACAAAUGGAACCACAAAUCCAAAGAUAUCUGCAGAGACCAGCACAAAUGCAGCCACAUACACAGACAGAGUCAUACAGGCACACACAAAGACAGCCAAACACACAGAUAUCACCUCAAGCACAGUCACAAGCACAUGUGUCAUUACCUACAAAACCACAAAUGCAAAGUCAUUCUAGAUCCGAGGCUUCUGUACCAUUAAGGCCCAACAUGUCAGCAGAAACAGGGCCUCCAACUGCUCUCCACCAUUCCCAGUCCCAUCACCCUCACCCUGACUACCUUGAUUCUUCUCAGUGUGUCCUCACUGUCCGGUUCUCAGAGAAACCCUGUACCCCAUGCAUGAGGAGAAAACAAGGUGGGAAGGUUUCCAGAGCUCAGGAGCUGCGGUGUCGAUACAGGGACUCCUACCAGGCUGCUAUACAAAACCCUGUCACCUUUGGACAGGAGACGGAGAGGGGGAAUAUGUUAGCAGUGGUGGAGGAGGAUGGGGAUUUCUCACAGUGUGAUGACAGACCAGAGACUGAAACAGAGGACCCAUGGUGUAAUGUUCAAGGAAUGUGGUUUGAUCCUGGGAUGCAACACCACUCUCCUUCCUCUGUCAGUGGAGCCAUCUGUAAGGAGUCAGGAGAGAAGAACACUGUUCCAUAUUGGAAACCAGGAAUUACACACAAUGCCCCCUGCAUGGAUUACAAGGGAACCAAUGUUUUAAAAUUUGGUCAGCUACCAGAACAGACAACUGAAAGGACCAGUCUGCCAUUUAGGGAACCAAGGGAUGCACAGUCUGCCAAAACUUAUGGCAAUUUACCCAACGUGAACGGGACAAAUUUAGCAGCAGGGAUGAGGAUAAACACUAAUAGAGCUUUGUCAGGCUUAAAAGAUCCUAAACAGUCAGAUGUGAUCUCUGCCAAACACCAUGGAUUACCAUUUACUUCCAGUGAAAUUUCAGCGAUGAACAUAAUCCCCAAGCCUCGUGAAAGGACACAAAGCAGAACCAAUUCCAUGGGAGUGAGCGCAAACUUUUCAAAGUCUGUUUCAGUGCCACAGAACAGACGGGAAUCCAUGUUGGAUGGAAGAUGCUCGUCCCUCUCCACAGCUGUGGUUGACACCUCAGAGAAAUGUGAGCUGGUCAUUGUUGAAGGUCAAAACGUUAGAAGAAGAGAAAAUACUGUCUCUUGUGCAGAGAUUCCCCAGCUGCACGUGGUCAAAUGUAAAAACAGUACAGCCUUUCGACUGGUUUCACCCAAGAUCAACAGGAGGAAGAUUCCAGAUGGUGCUCAGCCUGGCAGUACAUCGAUAACAAGUAGAACUUGCCAUCAGACGGAGAACCCGCCACAGACAAAUCCACCUCCUGCAGUAGAGACGCAAAGAAUCUCCCAGCCUGCCUCUGCUCGUCCCAGACCUGACCACCUUCCCCUGGGAUCUCCAGACCCCAGAGCCCAUCCUCUUUAUUUAGGAGUAGCAGCUCUCACAGGAGGUAGAGACAGGACAGGCAGAGCAAUAGUUGAGCUCUAUGGAGACCACCAGGGAUGGAGUUCAGCUGUAACAAGCCAGGAGCUCUUCAAGAUGCUGCUCUACUUCCACUCUAUCACCAGGAGAGAAAUCAGAGAAGCUGGGAUGACGAUCAUUUUCGAUGCAAAGAAAGCAAUUCCUCAACCGCAGCUCUACAAGGCCUUGAUGACAUUUCAAGAGCAGAUUCCCCAGGCAGUAAACAGUUUUGUGCUGCUGGUGGACAAGGAGAGCAGCCUACGGCCAGAGAAAUGUCCCGGCAUCCAGCAGACUGAAGUGGUGACAUCGAUGAAAGCCUUGUUGAAGCUGGUGGAGGUCAGUCAGCUGAGCUCUCGUCUGGAGGGCAACCUCUGUCACAGCCACUGUGACUGGAUGGAGCUGCACCAGAAACUCUUCCCCUUUGUGUCUGAUCUCCAUGAAGCAUCCAGCCUCCUUCUGAGAGCCAUCAGUAAGUUAGAGGAGCCCCAGAGGACGGACACUGUACAGACUGUGCAGCAGUGCAUGACGGACCAGAGGACUCUGAUGAGGGAUGUACUGGAGGACAGCCGAUUGGUUAGCCUGCAGAGGGAGGGCGGGGCCAUUCUUGCAAGGCUCAGGAAGGAGAGCGACCUUAAAUACCCCCACUGUGAGGACCUCAGUGAUGCAGUGGACUCACUGACCGGCCUGUACAACCAUGUGGAGGAGAAGGCUCAUGUCCUUGUGCAGAGGUCCAACAUGUCACUGGAACAUCUGGAGUAUCUGCUGCAACUCAGAGAGAUGCAGGGACACUUCCUGCAGAUGCAACAGUGGUUUAAUGUAGAGGGAGAGCGCCACAUGCAGGAGGCUGAAUCAGUCGAGGACUCUGGGGAAAGAAUGGAGCAGAUCCUCAAUAGCUUUACCGGUUUCCUUAUUGAAGCUAAUGACCGAAGGCACCAUGCCAUGACGUUAGUGUCAGAGGCAGAGCGACUCCAGCAGAGUGGGAUCUCCUACCCAGAGACAGAGGCGUUCAGGACUCGAGUCUGCACCUUCAAGUCAGGCCUGGAGGAUUUUCUUUGCAGAGCAGAGGCGUGUGGCAGGGAGCUGCAGAUCAUGGUCAACGUGUGUGAUUUUUGUGAGCAGGCUACAGCUCUGGCCAGUGAAUGUAUCGAGUACCUGAACCAGAGUCAGCCCAGAAUCCACACAAUGCCAGACCAAGACGAAACUGCAACACCUCCCAAUCAAACAAACCCUCAACAACAAAAACAAGAGUCCGGGCCAAGCCCUGCAUCCCUGUGCUCGUCUGAUACCAAUGCAGCACAUGGUCCAUCCACCAGCAGUGCUUCAGUGUCAGACAAUGACAACUCCAUCCUCCAGAAUUUCCAAGACAGGUUCCUCCAGUUCAGCCCAGACAGAUUUCAGGAGGUAAAGGCCCAGGCCAGUGCCCUGCGGGGCUCCAGGGGGAUGCGGGUCUGGAACAUAGCCUGGUUGAAAUGCCAAGAGGCCAGGCAGCAGCUUCAGGAGAGCCUGCAGGAUGUGGAUGAGGUUUUCCACCAACAAGCAGAUUCUAACAGCUGCUGUGAGCGUCAUUAUGUCGAUGUGGUGAGCACGAAUGUUCAGACACUGUCCCCUGGUGGCCAGAGUCUGGUGGUACAAUCAACGCCCGGGCCUCGGCACCCACAGUGGGAAGGCAUCAUGUCAGGAGAGGUGGAUUUAGGGAAGAGAAGGCCAAUCCUGGGCAGCAAUACCUCUGAUCCAACCACUGCAGCCUGCUCUAACAUCACUGUCAAACCUGAGGAUCACAGUGAUGCUGCAACCAACCAGGGGUCAAAGGUCACUCCACAGUCACCUCACAGGUCAGCAAGGAGAACAGAAAGAGAGACGAGGAGGAGGCAGGCGAGCAGAGCGAGGAGUGAGAGAGAUGCUGCUGCUCUGUCUCAGUCCCACACUGUCGGCUGCCAAUGGUUUCCGUGGGGACGAGGUCUUGGAGUGAAGUCGGUGAGCCAGGAUUCGUGCACCACAGGAGUAGCGACGGCAGGUUCAUCCACUCCUCCAGAGCAGCGGGUUCGAUCGUCGUCAUCCUGCUCCCACCACGGUCAGCCAUCUUGUCGGAUCCUCCAGGAGGCUCAGAAGUUCCAGAUCUCCCGCCACGGGAGUUUCUGCUCAGAAGACUCCUGUAUGAGUGACCAGGGGGCUGCAGGGGUUAAUGGGACUUUAGGCUGCAAACACUCCAGCCUACCAGCCGCCGGGAGAUAUGAUGGGGGGUUUUGUUUGGCAAGUCCACAGGAGAGUGCCAGCAAUGCCCUGAGGCUGCAGCGAGUCAUGGAGGAGCUGGUGUUCACAGAGAGGGAGUAUGUCCGCUCACUGGGCUACAUCCUGACCCACUACCUCCCCCUGCUGGACAGACCAGACAUCCCCCAGGACCUCCGGGGCAAGCGAGGAGUCAUCUUUGGCAACCUGGAGAAACUUUACGACUUCCACAGCCACUACUUCCUGCCAGAGCUAGAGGCCUGCCAGAGGGAGCCCGCCAUGGUGGCUCGCUGCUUCCUCAGACAUAGUGAGAGUUUUGGCCUAUAUGCGCUGUACAGCAAGAACAAACCUCAGUCAGACGCCCUGAUCCUACACCGUCGCCAUGACAUCUUCAAGAGGAAGCAGCAGGAGCUGGGGGACAUGAUGGACCUCUCAUCCUACCUGCUGAGGCCCAUCCAGAGAAUCAGCAAGUACAGCCUCCUGCUGCAGGACAUGCUGACUCUGGCUGGCUCAUACAGGCCAAAAGACAUGAUCCAGGAUACACUGCUUGCGUCCAGUAUGUGCACACAAAGUGUGUGCAGCCCAGGUGCGUAUGUCCCAGAUCUGACGAGCAGUGAGAGGGAGCGCGAGAGGGCUGAGAUCCAAGCUGCUACAGAGCUGGUUCGGUUUCAGAUGCGUCACGGCAACGAUUUACUCACAAUGGAUGCCAUCCAGGAGUGUGAUGUGAAUUUAAAAGAGCAGGGCCAGCUGAUUCGCCAGGACGAGUUCACUGUUCUAUUUAGGAAGAAGAAAUGUGUCCGCCGCAUCUUUCUCUUUGAAGAUCUCGUCCUCUUCAGCAAGACCAAGAAGACAGAUAUUGGAAAUGAUGUUUAUGUCUACAAGCAGUCAUUCAAGACAAGCGACAUCGGGAUGACUCACAACUCAAGUUUGAGCAGUUUGUGUUUUGAGAUCUGGUUCCGCAGGAGAAAAAGUGAGGACACCUACACCCUAAAGGCCUCCAGCAUGGAGGUGAAGAAAGCCUGGACCACUGACCUGGAAAAGAUUCUGUGGGAUCAGGCCGCUCACAGCAGAGAGCUGCGUAUGCAGGAGAGAGUGUUCAUGGGAAUGGGCCGCAAACCUUUCAUGGACAUUCAACCCAGUGACGCUGCCAUCUGUGACCGAGCCAUCAGCUGUGCCCUGCCUGGAAGAAUCCCUGUGGCGUGUUGUUCACACAGGGGCUUAGAAUAUCCACGACCACGCUCCAUUGGCUCUGGCAGCACUGCCUCCACAACCCUCAGCCAAUCAUCUUCUUCCUCUGGCCGCGGCUCACUGCCCCCUGCUAGUUAUCCCGGGAAUCAGUCGCAGGGGUUGGAGACUAGUCCUGCUGUCUGCUCGUCGCCUGAGGCUGUGACUGAAAACGAACUCAACAAUCACCAUCUUCAUCAUCAUCUUCAUCGUAAUUGUGAACAAUGGAAAGUUCAUCAUCCUCUGAUGGACAGCAGUGAUACAUCUGCAGAAUGCAUCAAUCACUUCAACAGCUCAGAUCGCAGCUGCCUGUCUGCCAUUAGUGGAGAAGUAGUGGAUGACUCCUCCUCGCUUGUAUCUCAGAGUUCAAAGUCCCGGCCACCACUUUGUCGGACCCCCAGCCUGAGGAGAAACAGCUCUCCAGUGGUUAUCAGAAAGAGAUCAGGUGCUGCCUCCAAACCUCCACAUCUGGCUAAUGCUCAGGGUGAUGACAUUAUAAUCGGAAAAUCAACUGAAGUUUAAUCAUGGAUUCUCUAUCGGUCCACUGAAGCUGUUCACUCCUUUUGGAGAUCUUCUGGUCACCCUGCAUACGACAGUUUAUCAUGUGAAAAAAGCUGUUUUGUGCGGCAACAGAGUCACAUGGUGUCAUCUUGGUCAUCAGUUACUGAAGUUGAGGUUUGGUGUGUUGGUAUCAUAUGCCAAUCAUACAAAUGUGGUUGUCUUAGUUUACACAUGACAACACCCAUAAAGAAACAAACAUCAGCUGCUACAGCCAUCAUGGCUGCAUUAAAGACUUAUUGAAGCAGCUCAAAAUGUGAAUGGGUAUUAUAAUGCAUCUACAGCUACACAUAAAGUGUAGCUACACCAGCAGUUCAUCCUCUCCAAAAAGAACCUGAUUUUACUGAGCAAACUAACCAUGUCAGACUAUACUGUUAAAUGGAACAAAACAUGCUCUUUGCUCAUACAUUUAGUCAUGAAUAUCAGGAAUCCGUGUUAUCUACAGUAACAUAGAAUGACAUGUAUGUGGUCAAUGGAUAUAUUUUAAAUCUUCUGUGCUGUUCAAUUUGUACAGUUAUUGAUAUGCAGGGACUGAAGAAGAAAAGGUUUUAUUUAUUAAAGCAAAGCAUUGCUUGCAAUAAUACAUAUUCCCUUAACACCUACUACUACUACUUUGAUUUGAUUAUAAGAACCUAAUGGAAACUUGCAUGCAUUCCAAGAUGUCAUGUUCAGAGCUCCUGACAUAUUCACUGGCCAAAAGCCCAGACUGAGCUGAAGACUCUUAACUUUCACAAAUGGAGUAUAUAGAGUAUUAAUAAAUAAAGGUGUUUCUUUUAUUUCUUACACUUUCUUUCUUGUUUUACUGUUUUUGUAAACGACUGCUGUCUUUCUAAACACUUGUUUUAGUCUUUCUGGCUCUUAUAUUAUAAUCCAAUCCAAGUAUUUAAUAAUUUAUCAGAAGGGACAGACCACUUACAUGUUUUCCCGUCUUGGAUUUUAUGCAUUUAAUGCAGAGAGAGAUGAUCUUGAAAGGCCUGGUUGGCUGCAUACACAUCACACAACUACUGUAUAGUAACUGAAACAGUGUAUGAUGAGAAGCUUACAGGCAAAAACCACUGACUGCUAUUUAGGGUCCACAUACUGGUUCCAUACUGAUCAGUAUCAGAAAAGUAUUUUUCCAGAUUAUGCUGUUUGAAAUAUUUUGAUGAGAAAUGUAUCAGUGAUUUUAUUGUGUACAGUAUGCAAAUCAUGACGGGAUCUUAACUGAUGUAUAUAACUGAAUAACUGCUGUCAUAAUGUCGGCCUCUGGUCGCUUCAUUUUAAAACCACUAACUCUUAUGACAUGGCAAAUCCAUGUUUUUUCAGCUUUCUAUCACUUUUUUAUUGCUUACUUGAUUUCUUCCAAGCAUUUUUAUGUUAAUAUGCAGGGUCAGUGUGAUUGUGGUUUUGCUUCUUUCUUUCUUAAUUCUUCAGAAGAAAUUCAGUUUGAAUGUGUUCUUCCCUCUGAACUCGAGGGACCAGAUGGAUUGCAGUAACACAAGGAAAUAACUCCAGACUGUGAUGAUGUUUCACUUCUUUAUUCCACAAACACAAUAAUUCCACACCGUUUUUCAGUUCUGCACAGCCAAGAUGUAGUUUCAUGAGCUAUUUAUGACUUCCUCCAGUCACUAUAAAAACCCAAAGUGAAAGCAUAAUCAUGUUGACCUGAAAUAAUGUGUGAAGUAUUUUACUGCCUUGCAAAAGAAAAAAAAAUGCUCAGCUGCAAAAAAAAAGUAACUGUAAUUUAACUGUGAUGUUUUGCAUUGUAAAUUGUAAUUUAUGCAUUUUUGAUUCAUUUUGAAUUAUAA